AUGCCCAAGACCCCCCCUGGCGUGUUCCAGUUAUGGGAGUCGAACGCCACCCUCAAUCGUGGCUCGGCCCAGUCAGCCGAGUCCGCGGUGCUGCGCGUUACGGCGCAGCAGGGUGAACUCCUGGAGCUUCUGGCAGAAGACUUAGCCAAGCGGCGCCGAGACGCCUUGCAGUUGGAGUUGGCACUGGGCCUCCGCAGCCCAGAGACAGGCCAAGCACCGGGUGUUCCUGCAGGCCAAGGCUACCCCGGUAUGCGGCCGGCUCCGUGA